UCGAUGCCUUGCCCAUUUUAUAUAAUAUGAAAAUCCAGUAAAUAUACAAGUUUUUCUUGAGAAGCAUAGGCCAACUAAAAUUGUCUCAUUGAUUGUUGGCCGACCUCGUGACAAACAAAUGAAAACCCAUCACUAACUUAGUGGCAGCUAGGCCUUGUGGUAGGUAUUUUUGAUGAAAUUCCUCAUAGACCAAUUGUAGCUCAUUUUUCUCUCUCUAUAUAGGCCGGCUAACCAAGAAAAUUAAUGAAGAUGCUUGGGAAAAAAACAUUAUUUUGGUUGCAGAUGUUGUCUCUUUUAUUUCACCACCACCCAAUUGGUUGAAUCCUCUUAGUUUCUCAUAAUCACAAGGGGAAGGUCUUAUGUAGUUUGAUCUGGUAAGAAGAUGUUCUCCAUGCCCAACACAAGGAGGAUAUUCUUGUGAAGGAUGGUUAAAAGAUGUACAUAUCAUGCAGCUAACUUGCUCCUAACUCUCUAAGUAGUCAUCUUUUCACCAAAUUCCCACAAACAAGUGGAGCAGAUGGGAGGGUUAAUGAAUGGGUGGCUUACCCUUCCUACAUUUGAGAUUCUCAACCAAGACUCGGCCAUCCGACAGUUUUGCCCGGCACGGGUGGAGCAAGGACAGGGAGGAGAAUGGGGGGAUUCUUUGUCAGUGGAUGAAGAUGUGGAGAUAUGGCCACAUCUUAUCGAUGAAACGCCUCAACUAGCCCCGUCUGAGGUAGAGGAGAUUGUUAGGACUUUCUUCGACGUUGAAUGCUAUGAAAAAGACAAUGCAGGGAAGUGCUUGGAGGAGGAGGGGAAUGAUCUUUUUGAUAAGGUUCAAGAAGAUGGUCUCCAAGAUCUUUCGAUGGUCGAUGAUGAUCUUUGUUGCGGAUUGAAUGCUGCAAUGUUGAUUGAAGAAGGGUGUGAUGAGAUGGAGCGGUGUAGCUCGACCAACAAUCUUGGGUCUUUUGUGCCUAAUAAUGCAGAGGAUAUGAUCCCAGUUGGGGUGGAUCAAGGGCUACAACUGGUGCAUCUGCUGUUAGCUUGUGCUGAGGCUGUGGGGUGUAGAGAUACUCAGCUUGCUGAUUCAAUACUAACUCAAAUAUGGCCUUGUGUUAACACUUGGGGGGAUUCUCUUCAAAGAGUAUCCCAUUGUUUUGCCAUGGGGUUGAAGUCUAGGCUUUCACUUCUGCAAAAUGUGAACUCAAAUGGCUUCUUCACUAGCAAGGCCAUCGACGUCUCCUUGAUCACUAGGGAGGAAAAGAUUGAAGCUUUUACUUUGUUGCACCAAACAACCCCUUAUAUCAGCUUUGGUCUAAUGGCUGCAAAUGAUGCUAUAUCCCAAGCAGCAACUGGGAAAGACUUCUUGCACAUUAUUGACCUUGGAAUGGAGCAUAAUCUUCAAUGGCCUUGUUUGGUUAGGACUUUGGCAUCAAGAACCGAUGGCCCCCCAAAAACUAUAAGGAUCACCGGUAUAACCGGAGAUCAUGAUACAUCAGAGCUUGAAAACAGCAUGAAGGGCCUCUCUGAGGAAGCCAUUUCUCUUGGGAUUUCCCUUGAAUUCCAGUUCUUGGCAGAGCAAGUAUCUCCAUUGACGUUAACCUGCGAAAAGCUCGACUUAAGACAAGAAGAGGCAUUGUUCGUCAAUAGCAUAAUGCACCUGCACAAGCAUGUCAAAGAAAGUAGAGGAUCCUUGAAAACCGUUCUCCAAUCAGUCAAGAAAUUGAAUCCAGUUCUCCUCACUGUGGUUGAACAAGAUGCAAACCACAAUGGACCUUUCUUUCUAGGCAGAUUCUUGGAGUCACUUCACUAUUACUCAGCCAUUUUCGACUCCCUCGAUGCCAGUCUCCCAAGAAACAGCCAACAGAGGAUCAAGAUUGAGAAAUUCCACUUUGCUGGGGAAAUCCACAACGUUGUGGCCUACGAAGGGUCCGAUAGGGUUGAGAGGCAUGAGAGAGCAGAUCAAUGGCGAAGGCAGAUUGGUCGAGCUGGCUUUCAGGUGGUGGGGUUGAAGUGUUUGAAGCAAGCUAAGAUGAUGGUUUCCAGUUAUGGGGUUGACGGGUAUAGUGUGGGAAGUGAGAAGGGUUAUCUUCAGCUAGGAUGGAAAGGGAGGCCAAUAAUGAUAGCAUCAGCUUGGCAAGUGCAUAAUGUGCCUUCUUCUUGAUGCUUAAAUGAUGAUACUGCUACUUCCUCUUUGUCAUGAUUCAUUAUUCAUUGAACUCAACAAAGUUUUAUUACAUCUAUAUGUGAAUUCAUUUAUUUUACUUGUCUCUCUUCCUACUGUUUUACAUAGUACAAUCAAUCCAUAUCCUACUCAAACAACGAAUUUAAUUUCAUAUAGUGCGAGUAGCGGAUUAAUUAAUAAGUCACUCUACUUGACGUUUGACUGACCAUCGAAUUCAUGAUAAUAACCACAAUUAUUUAUUAAAUUUUGAAAAAAAGUAACAAAACCACAUUACAGUAGAAAAACUACAUUUAGUAUAUCAGAUUAGUUUUAUAUAAUUAUUAAGUGAAUUUUUCCCUAUUUAGCACACGCAACAAGUAUGCUACUCUCACUGAUUCUUAUUAAUGCAUAUAAGCGUCUAAAUUAACAAGAUUCUGGAAAAUAAAUUCUAGGGCCUUUCAUCAUAUUCAAGAUUCUAAAACUCGAAUCUGUUUGUUCUAAUCUUAUUCCAAAAAAAAGGCUCAAAAGAAUUUGGACAAAUUAUUUCAAAAUUGCAAAAUCACAACCCCAUCGAGGAGGAAACAUCGUGUAUACUUAGUGCAUCAAAGAAGCAAUCAUAUUCAAAUUCAUUCAUUUUUUCAAUUCGUUUACAGAAAACCCAGCUUUGAUGUUUGUCCUUGUCAUACACAGAAGUACGUUAAACAUACAAAACUAAACCUUCGCAAAAUCCCUUUAAUUGUAUUGAAAGGGAUGGACAGGUUAAUCGAGACCCGUAUUGAUCGAAGGGGAUGAACUCGAACGUAAUCAACCGAUUCAUUCAGUUAAGGUGAAAAGCCCCACAGCAGAG